UGUAAGGUUUUAAAUAGCCUACUUAUCUAUUAAAAUGUCGGAAAGUACAUGUAUAAGGAAAUACGGAAGGGGUGCUAUAUGUGCAGUUUACGGUUGUAAUAAUUAUAAGUCUCAAAAAGAUGCAAAGUCCUUUUUUAGAAUGCCAAAAGAUGUCGAAAGAUUAAAAAAGUGGAUUAUAUUUUGUAAGAGAAAAGAUUUAGAUGACUUAUUUAAGGUUAAGGAUUCUAAUUAUUUCUACAAUAACUACGUAAUUUGUUCUGACCAUUUUAAAGUCGAAUGUUUUCGGAACAAAAAUUUGCUGAGCCAGGGGUUAUUACCAAACUCCAAUCCUACAUUAAGACCAAAUGUAACCAGCAAAGUUCAAAAAAGAAAGAAUCAUGAUGAUGAAAUAGCUUCCAACUGCGUGUUAAGCCCUAAGAGAAUGAGGGAAAAUAAAGAAAAUAAAGCUCCCAUGCCAGACGAUCCGGACCAGCAAAAUGAAAUAGCUGCUCUGAAGAAAUUGCUCAAUCAGUAUAAAAAGAAACUAAUAAAUAAGAAUAGUUUAUUAAGUAAAUAUAAGAAUCGGUGUAAACAACUAAAGAAUACAUUGGCAUUGAGGGAAAAUGAAAGAUAAUAUGUACUACUGCAUCCGAAUCUAGUGCCAUGAACAAAGUCUGUAAACAGUUCAUCGAGACUCAAAACAGAUUAAGUGUCAGGCAUAAAUUAGGCAGACGAUAUGAUACAUAUGAUAAGGAGUUUGCAUUAGCUCUAUAUUAUUGUUCAACCAAGUCGUACACUCUACUUCAAAGGUUUUUUUGCUUACCUAGUUUAAGUUCUAUUUGUAGUUGGCUAAAACACUUAUAUGUGUCUCCUGGUUUAAAUAAUACUGUAUUAGAGUUACACAAUGUAUUUACAAAA